AUCAAGAAAAUGGGAGUUGUUAUAUUUUAGGAAAAGUCUUUCUUCACAAAUUAAAUCAUGGCUUCUGGAGCAGCCAAAUCAGCGGCAUUCAUCCUCCUAGUACUCAACGUCUUCCUCUACUUCGUCGUCCUCUCCAUUGCAUCAUGGGCGGUCAACCACGGGAUCGAGAGAUCCCAUGAGAUGGCAUCUGUGUUGUCUCCUCCAGCUAAGAUAUUUCCAAUAUACUAUCCAAUUGGGAAUUUGGCUACUGGAUUUGUGGUGAUUUUCUCUCUCAUAGCUGGGGUUGUGGGAUUCACAACCUCAAUUCUUGGAAUCAACAAUGUGGUGAAAAAGGAUGCUUCAAAUCUACAUGCAGCUGCAGCUUCCUCUCUUAUUUCUUUGCUCCUUACUUUGCUAGCAAUGGGGUUUGCAUGCAAAGAGAUUGACAUAAGCUGGACAGGGUCAAACCUAAGAACUUUGGAGAUAUUACUGAUAAUACUUAGUGGAACACAGCUAUUUUGCACUACAGCAAUCCACAUUGAAGUUGGGAAUGCUAAGAAAGAGAGCAAUUGAAAUUUUAUUUUCUCAAAUGAUAUGUUACAACCUUGUUUAGUUAAUGCCUUUCAAUUUUAUUUUAUUUUGUUUUGAAGGUUUUACUAUGGGAAUGUGAUUUGGUUUCAUUUAUUUGUUAAAACUACAUGAAUAUUUUGGCUUUGGUUA